AUGGCACCUGUCAGAUCCACACGCUCGAGAGCCAGUCGGACGAAGGGGCACUUUACUUCUGCUCGCCGUCCCAGCCGCAAUCCUUUCAUCCUCUUCAGAUCGGAUGUUGCCAAGACCAAUUGGCGAGUGAACAUCCCCAACGCGAGCUCUUUGCUGUGGAGAGAGAUGACGGAAGACGACAAGUUAGUUUGGAAGGCGUACGCUGAACGAGCGCAUCUCCAUGACCCCUCUGAGGAAGAGAGCCAGAUAUAUCGACUUCAGCGCUUGGAGGGGAUAAAGAAGAGGGUGUGGGCUACGGAGGAGGAGGAGGCAGAGAGCAGGGUGGAAGGUAUCGACGAGCGACCCGAAGACUCGAAUCAAUCGGCCGAUUGCCCUUCAACUACUCCUACUCCGAACCACAGCUGGGGAGUUGACUCGGCGGAGACUAGUCGAUGCUCGUCCGAGGAUACCAUAUCCAACGUAUCGACCACCAACACCACUAUUCCUUGUUCUACCCCACCCCCAGAUGCCCUCGACGUCCCAUUAGACGCUCCAGGAGCUGCCCCUAUUCUCGUUCCCAGUCCUUCGGCGUGUUCGUUCUCUCUUCCGCUGCCUCGCCUGCCCGACACGCAAUGCGACUAUGGGAACACUACAUACCCGUCUGCAACAGACCUACAAUUCACCCCCGACACGCUUGCCUAUCCCACCCUCGACACACUUCCCUAUCCCACACUCGAAAUUCCUAGCCUUCCGAGCAAGGAUGAAUACAGAACUUUUGGCCAGGCUGUAUCUACCUUGCAACAGGAAGAAAUACCCGAACUCUCCCUGCCUGAAUUUCAAGACCUCGAUCUCCUGAACCACCAACUGUACGCGACCACCGACAAAAUGUCCGAUGAAGAAGUCAAGCACUGGGCGGACUACUUCCUCUCUAUCAACACCGCUUGGGACUCGAACUCGGACACCCAAUUCGAAUCAGCUCUCCAUGCACAAGACCCAGCUCAGGCUCAGGCUCAAGCUGAAGACUUCGACUUGUCUACGAUUGACUGGUCCACGGUUGACUGUUCUACGAUUGACUGGAAAUAUAUCCAGGAGACAUUCCCGGAGGCGUACGACACUGUGUUUGGUGAACCGUAUGUCAGUACUGCGGAAGACUUGGACUACGACUGCAGCACGAGCGACUUAGAGCAGGGAUAUGACUCUUGGUAG